UCUCCUUGACAUCGAUAAUAAAUUUCCACACUGUGCCAACAAACCAAGCGCUGUCAGACGCUGGAAAGUUGACGUUUCUGAACUUUAAACACAAUCUGAGUCUUCGUGAUAUAUUUAUUGAAAUGAAGCGAGAAAAUGCGGGACAUUCAUAAUAGCCUCGUGUAAUUUUUUAACUGAACACAGGGAAUUGAUGAAGUGGUAGCAAGAACAAAAACAAACAGCAUUGGAUACAGCACAUGACAAAAAUAAGAAUGAAUAAAGAAAUGCCUCUAAGUGUAGAAUGGAUGCCGCAAAAUGCAUAUAUGCAUAAUUCUUUGGACCAUUUGCUACCAGGAGAGCAAAAUCAGCACAAUUUGGUAUUUGUGAAGGACGAUGUAGAAUUCUUUGAAACUGCACUAAAUUCGCAAUCUGUGCAAAACAGGACUAUGCGCUUACAAAUCUCAUCUAAAGAGGAAGCUAUGGAAAUUAAGCAGGAGAGUAGCUUUUUGAAUGCGUCACAAACAAUUCGUCAAACAGAGUCUUUGAAUCAAACUCCCAAAAAAUUGACUGAUAUUUCCAAGAGAUUACAUAAUAGAGGCCGUAUUGAUGUGAUAGAGAUGUCAAUAGAAUCCACAUCUGAUUAUAAAUACUUUUUCGUUUACGAAGAUCAACCAUCCAAGUUUGUUGUAUUAAAAGCUCUCCGUAGCAAUACAGCCAAGGAGGUAGCGAGAAAAUUAUUAGACGUACUGGCAAUUAUAGGAGCACCGCAGGUGCUGCAGAGCGGCAAUGGACGUAAGUUUGCUGAACAAGUUGUAUAUGAACUACGUUUGCUGUGGAACGAUUUCCUCAUAUUACACGGGGACGUGCCUAAGUGUGAAGUUAGCUGCAGAGAUUUUAAGAGCCUGCUCGAAUCCUGGAUGAGAAAAAACUCGACCAGAAUCUGGUGCGAAGGUCUGAAUAGCAUACAGAUCCUUCACAACUCCACGUACUGCUGUCAAAACGAUAAAGUUCCGUGUGACAUAUUGUUCGGUCGGAAUGUACGUGAAAAAUUUCAAAAUCUCAAGAUAGAAAAAGAUACAGAGGGCCUGUGGACGGAGGAAGAAUGGAUCGAAUAUUUGUCAAGUACGAAAAACAGAGAUACGUCUGCAACGGUGGAAGACACGCAGAGCACGUCGAAUAAUGUUAACCAUUGUGAAAUGAACGAAGGUAUACGAGAUGCUCGGAAUCAACAUGCACCUUCGAGAGACAGCAAUGCAAAUGACUUUUUCGUCGAUAUAAAGAACGAGAGAAGCAACGUGCGCACAACGGAUUCGGGAUGCACAGAUGAAACGAAUAACGAAUCGAAAACUAACGUGGACGCGCAAUCACUGAAAUGUAAAUACUGUCAGAAGCAAUACAUGAAACUGUGGCAUUUGAAGAAUCACAUGAGGACUCACAAGGCAGAACAAUCCGGGGCUUUCCGCUGCAAGCUGUGCAAUAAAUCAUUCAGCGUUUCGAGAUUACGCACGAAGCAUAUGAAGCAGUCGCACGGGCAAGGCAAAAUAGCUGACAAGGAAGAAGAGAAAUCGAUCAGAAAUACCAGAAGCAAUGCCGAAGCAGUAAACGAGAAAAGAUCCGAGGCGACGCACGAAGCAUCCGAGCCCGAGCCAGCGAAUGACGAUUUCAAUGCGUCGCUGGAUGCGAAAGAUUCCUGCGGAAGUAAAACUGCGAAGAAUUCGAAUCAAAACGGUAAACGAAGGUCGGAGAGUCGCGUGUCGAAAAUACAGUCCGCUCUGCAGUGCAAGUACUGCAAGCAAAAGUUCAACUUUCCCAGCGUGCUGGAGAGGCACAUGCGAUCGCACACGAAUGAACGGCCGUACGUCUGCGACGUGUGCAACAAGAGCUUCAAGCAGCUCGGCCACCUCAGCCAGCAUUCAUUAACGCACCAUGACUACCGCUCGUUCCAGUGCAGGGUGUGCGGCGUGAAGUUCGAGUCGUUGGACUCGCUGAAGCAGCACGCGCACUCGCACAAGGGCGACGCGACGGCGACGACGACGACGAAGAUGCGCGACGUCUACCGCCUAUUCGAGUGCGACAAUUGCAAGAAGGUGUUCACGACGAAGAGCGUGCUGGAGCGGCACAUAUUCACGCACACGCAGGAGCGGCAGUACGACUGCAAAGUGUGUGGCAAACGUUUCAAACAGGCCGGCCACGUGAAGUCGCACAUGCUGGUGCACACGGGCGAGCGCCGCUUCCAGUGCACUCUCUGCUCGAAGCGCUUCAGUCUGUCGAACUCGCUGAAGAAGCACAUGUACGUGCACAACGGCGAGAAGCCGUACCAGUGCGACGUCUGCGGCGCCCGUUUCCUGGAGAAACGCAAUCUCAACGGCCAUCUGUUGACGCACACCAACGAGCGCCCGUACUGCUGCAAGAUUUGCGGCAAACGGUACACCCUGGCGGAUACCCUACGCCGUCACGUGAGCGCCGCGCACGAGGACGGCCGUACGUAUCAGUGCGAGAUCUGCGCCAAGAUGUUCAAGCAGCUGGCGCAUCUGUCGGUGCACAAAAAGGUGCACAACGACGAACGGCCGUUCCAGUGUCAUCUGUGCGAAAAGAACUUCAAGCACAAGAAUGUACUCAAGUCGCAUUUGGCGAUCCACGCGAACGUACGGCCAUUUGAGUGCGAUGUAUGCAAGGCCACGUUCGUGAGGAAGACGAAUCUGCAGACGCACAUCUCGUCGGCGCACAUGAACGAGCGUCCGUAUGCCUGCACUAUUUGCGGCAAGCGUUUCAAGCAGAUCAGCCAUCUGAACGGUCAUGUGAUCGUACACAGCAAUCUGAUGCCGUACAAAUGCGACUACUGCGACCGCCGGUGUAAUCGACUCGAUAAUCUGAAGAAACACAUGCGUCUCCAUACGAAAAACAAGGAGUGAAAGAAACGAUAAACUUUCAGCAUUGAUAUUAUGCCGAGAGAUUCGAACGAAACGUGGAAAAUUAAUUUAAAAGAUUACUAAGUUAGUGCGAAUGAGAUGUGACAUAAUAUUGGAUACAUAUUUUGUGGAUUUGCAUACUGAGUCUGUAUCUUCUAAAUUAACGCUAUAUCGAAUAUGAAACUGUCGCGAAUAAUAGUUUAUUUUGCCAAACUAUAUGUUCAAUUUUUUAUAGAAUAUUUAAAUGAUGAAGAAUUGUACAUAGUAUGUUGUUUGCUGCAGGUUGAUACAGAUAUCGCAAAGAAUCAUUUGUAUUAUAACUUAUAUUUUGAUAUUCUAUUUUAUAAUUACUAUCGUGAUAUUUUCUAUACAUUAUAUUGUAAAUUUUAGCUUCUCCAAGUAAAUUUUAUAUGUGUGUAUUGUAUAUAUCGCGUGACAUUGCAUUGUAUAAUAUUUUUCUUCUUAUUUGUGUGAUAUUUUAUUACACUAAAUAUUAAUGUUGACUGA